AUGCUUAACGUUGAUACAUACUUCAAUGACUUAACUUCUUGCUCGCUAUUUGGCUUCCUAGAGCACAAGCGUCCAACAGAAAAAAGCAAAGCAAAUGGUGUAUACAAAGGAACACUUACUUCUAUUGCUAGAGACGAUACCACCAAGCCGGAAAGAAGGACGCUUGCGCAAGAUUGUCUAAACGUUUUUGAGGAACAAACUAAUUCAGUUUCAGUAGAACAAUACUGGAUGGAUCUGGCAAAGUAUAAACUAGAGAACGAGGUUUAUCUCGAAGAGUCUCAACAUGUUCUGGACGCGACAAAGGAUACACGAGAACAAGGUCGUUUGCUACGAAAAGCUAUUACCAAAAGGUUUGAAAAAUGGAGUGUCAUAGAAGUCGAAGAAGAGUCCGAUGAUGAUUUAAUGCCAGUUCCUAAACUAAAGCGAAAAAAGCUAUCUCACCCGAAAAAGGCCAAACAUACGAAAGACACGCUAUCAUCUUCACCAAAAGUACCAAAUCCAUCACCAUCACCAGUAAUACCCAAACUAUCAUCAUCAGGAGUACCAAAUUUAUCAUCAUCACCAGUAAUACCAAACCCAAGUUUGUUACAAAUACCAAACCCAAGUUUGUUACACGAACAGGUCGAAAUUACUAACACGAAUACGGAUGACGAUGACGGUAAUUUCAUUAUUAGUAAUAAGAGCACAAUUCCAAGAUCACAUUGGAAAGAUACGUCAUUAUCAAGUUUACAAUCCUUAGAAAGUGCGGGUUCUAGCAGAGAAGAUACGGAUGAAGUUAAUAAUCCCAGGUUUAACAGACCACAUACUCCAUCAAAUCAAAUUUACUCUACAUCGGAGAAUCAAAAUUUAUUUAUACGAUUAAGAAAUGAGAAACAGAGAGCAAAAUCCACAAUGGAGCCCAUUUGCUCGAACAUAGUUGACACUACAAAUAAAAAUUUAAUGGAAAGACUGCAAUACCAGUAUGAUCACCGUUGGGAACCUGUCACAAAUGAUGCAACCAAAUAUAUCGAUGAACUAAUUGAAAAUGUGGCGAUACCCGCAAUGACUUCCGGAGUAAACUUCUACUUCCAUUCAUCCCAUCUGGUGAAACUUAUUCCUUCAGUAAACAUUAUGAGGCGCAUUGGGUACACCGGUUUGCUGACAAAUUCUCCUCGGAAUCCACUUCUAGAUAAGAAUUCUGAAGGGUGGUUAAAUUGUCAUAUUUUUGCUCCUCUAAUUGACGAUUGUUUUUUGAUAUGUGAAGAAGUCCAUGUACAUCGCUGUGAAGAAAUGUCCUUGGCGUCAAUAAUGCGCAAAAAUUUAACUAGGGAAGAAUCUGAAAAAAAAUCCUCUGGACAUAAAAUAGAUAUAAGUUUUAGCGUUGAUGAUAUAGAAUAUUUUAGUGCAGAAACAUAUGGAAAUGAAGGAUCAGCUGGACAGACUUCUAAAAAAGUUGGAAUUUACAAAAGAAUCGAUCAAAGAGGUAAAAAAUAUCUUCGUACAUGGAAUGUCGCAUGGAG